UAAAGCCAUUAGUGUCCUGUGGAUUAUUGUAAUCCAGCCUCUCUAUCAUUGCUGGCUGGGUUGCUCACUCCUCAGUCAGUCCCGUCUGGUUUGGAGCGAGUUGGAAGAUGGCUCUAAGCAUGCAGCAUUUCCUGCUGGCUCUGCUUCUUCUUGGAGCUGACGUGUUCACCAGCAUUCAUGCGCAAGAGGCUAAAGUGUCUGAAACCUGGACCAGCGAUUCUUGCAAAUGUGAUUGUGAUAAAGGUGAAUCCCCAACAGCAUUUUCUACUAUUGGGUCUGGCUCCAUGGUGAAAGGAGUGGAUUGUAUGCCUGAGUGUCCGUACCACAAGCCUUUUGGCUUUGAGGCUGGAUCUGUGAACCCAGACCAGAUCACCUGCUCUAACCAGGACCAGUACACUGGCUGGUUCUCCUCAUGGCUUCCAAGCAAGGCCAGGCUGAACAGCCAAGGUUUUGGGUGUGCCUGGCUGUCCAAGUUCCAGGACAGCACUCAGUGGCUGCAGAUUGACCUGAUGGAGGUGAUGGUGGUGUCAGGCAUCCUCACACAAGGGCGCUGUGAUGCUGAAGAGUGGAUCACAAAGUACAGCGUUCAAUAUCGCACAGAUGAAAAACUCAACUGGAUCUAUUACAAAGACCAAACUGGGAACAAUAGGGUGUUUUAUGGGAACUCUGACCGCUCCUCAUCUGUCCAAAACCUCCUGCGGCCACCCAUCGUGGCACGCUACAUCCGCAUCCUCCCUCUGGGAUGGCACACACGUAUCGCUCUGCGAAUGGAGUUGCUGAUCUGUAUGAGCAAAUGCAUGUGAACCUCUCCUCCUGCCUCAUCUCUCCUCAUCUUAAAAGUGUGUGGCGUGUGAUCAUAUAUUCACAAAUCUGGCUCCCAAAUAGGAAGCAAACCCUAAAUUUUUCAGUAUGAAAAAAAAGUUUUUAUAACUGACAUGAAUUCAUAACAACAGGUUUGUUUAAUGUACACAAGCUUUCAUUCACUCUACUCUGCAUUUUCUGGGCUAACCAGUUCUCCGUGGAGGCUUUCAUUUUAAGAGUUCUCAAUAAAUUGCUCCAUUUGCAGUGAAAGGGCAUAUUCAAAGCAAUAAUUUGCAGUUGAGGAGAGGCAGCGUUGCUAUGGAGGAUGUGGCUACAGGUCUGAGACAACCUCUUCCAAAACAUUUGUGUUGUUGUUUUGUGGUGUAUAUUGAUGUAAAAAUAUUUCUGCUUCGCCUGAUAUGUGAGUGUUAUGUGACAUCUAUAGUUCUCAGUAAUUGUCCCUUCACCUUGUUUACCCUAAAACGUAAGUUAAGUAAUAUUCCACAUUUUUGGUAAAAA